AAAAAAAAGGGCUGCCAUAACUAAUAUGCGGACCAAAUUAGCAAGUGAUUCAGAAUGAUUGCUCCACUGCCCGAUUAGUGGCGGUAGUGGAGGCCAACGCUUCUCAUCCAUCCGACCAAGACCAAUGUUUGCGAAAACUCCCACCCGGCAAAUAAUAAUCACACUAAUGAACUGAACAAAACCCAAACACCCAAUCCUCCCUUUCUGCUCUCAUGUGCCAAACUGAAUCACUGAUACUUCCUUUUUGCUGUUACUUCCCCUGCCAAACGCCCAUUUUCCUCUUUGCCUAGAAUGGUUUAAUCUCCAGUUCCUCAUUCUAUUAGCACACAUAUUUUGAUAAAACAAAUAAAUUGCAUUUUUGGCUGAUCGUCUUUCUUGGCUCUAAGACAUGGUUUCUGCUUCUUCAGCUUCGAUAUGUCUUCCGGCGACCUCUUUGGCCGGAAAGGGGGCUGAUUUCCGGUCUGGGUCUACUGGAUUGUUACUCCGUAGUAGCUUCCGGGUAUCAACCCGAUUGACGUCUCGGAGGCCCGUAAUUCGCUCCGACUUGGACUCCAUGGUUUCUGACAUGACUAUGAACGCUCCAAAAGGGCUAUUUCCACCUGAACCUGAGCACUAUCGAGGACCAAAGUUGAAAGUGGCAAUCAUAGGAGCUGGCCUUGCAGGCAUGUCAACGGCAGUUGAGCUUUUGGAUCAAGGGCAUGAGGUAGACAUUUACGACUCUAGGUCUUUUGUUGGUGGAAAAGUGGGUUCGUUUGUUGACAAGAGUGGAAAUCACAUUGAGAUGGGAUUGCAUGUAUUUUUCGGUUGCUAUAAUAACCUAUUUCGUUUGAUGAAAAAGGUGGGUGCUGAGAAAAAUCUACUAAUUAAGGAUCAUACUCACACCUUUGUGAAUAAAGGGGGUGAAGUUGGCGAGCUUGAUUUCCGGUUCCCUAUUGGAGCACCACUGCAUGGAAUUUCAGCAUUUUUGUCCACAAAUCAGUUGAAGCCAUAUGAUAAAGCCAGAAAUGCUGUAGCACUUGCCCUUAGUCCAGUGGUUCGAGCUCUAGUGGAUCCAGAUGGGGCAAUGAAGGACAUUCGUGGUUUAGACCGAAUAAGCUUCUCCAACUGGUUUAUGUCUAAAGGGGGAACACGUGCAAGUAUCCAGCGGAUGUGGGAUCCUGUUGCCUAUGCUCUAGGAUUCAUUGAUUGUGAUAAUAUUAGUGCUCGAUGUAUGCUUACUAUAUUUGCACUGUUUGCCACUAAGACAGAGGCUUCCCUCUUACGGAUGCUCAAAGGCUCUCCGGAUCUUUAUUUGAGUGGUCCAAUCAGAAAAUACAUCGAGGAUAAAGGAGGCAGGUUUCAUCUGAAGUGGGGAUGUAGAGAGUUACAUUAUAAGAGAUCUUCUGAUGGAAGUACAUAUAUUACUGGUCUUGCCAUGUCAAAGGCUACUCAGAAGAAAACAGUUACAGCUGAUGCCUAUGUUGCAGCAUGUGAUGUGCCUGGAAUUAAGAGACUACUACCUAAUGGUUGGAGGGAAUGGGAAUUCUUUGAUAAUAUUUAUAAGCUGGUUGGAGUGCCGGUAGUUACAGUACAACUUAGAUACAAUGGCUGGGUUACAGAGUUGCAGGAUUUGGAACUUUCAAGACAAUUGGUGCGGGCUACAGGUUUGGAUAAUCUCCUAUACACACCAGAUGCAGAUUUCUCUUGCUUUGCGGACCUUGCACUGACCUCUCCUGAAGAUUAUUACCUUGAGGGUCAAGGGUCAUUGCUCCAAUGUGUCCUUACACCUGGAGACCCUUACAUGCCUCUAUCAAACGAUGAAAUUAUAAAAAGAGUCUCCAAACAGGUUGUGGUCCUUUUCCCCUCCUCCCAAGGUUUGGAGGUGACUUGGUCAUCAGUUGUCAAAAUUGGGCAAUCUUUAUACCGUGAAGGGCCUGGAAAAGAUCCCUUUAGACCUGAUCAGAAAACACCAGUGAAAAAUUUCUUUCUUGCAGGGUCAUAUACGAAACAGGAUUACAUAGAUAGCAUGGAAGGAGCAACUCUAUCAGGCAGGCAAGCUUCAGCCUACAUAUGCAAUGCUGGAGAAGAGCUGUUGACUCUGCGGAAACAGCUAAUUGCUUCUGGGAAAUCAUUAAACGGAUCAGAAGCUGCUGCUUUAUCUGAUGAACUGGCUCUUCUUUCUUCCUCCUAAUAACUUCCACACAGACAAUACAGAAAAUAUACCACAUUGAUCUACAUGGACAAAUUGAAACCUCCUCACUACUUCCCUUCCCAUUUUUCUUUCUUUACAUAUGCCAGUUUGUGCUAUACAUGUGUAAUAUGUACAUGUUUACCUGUGUUAGUCUAAGUUUAUCCUAUUAGUAACCUUCAUUGCUUCAGCUACAAAAGUACAAAUGAGGUGUUUGCCUUCGGGUUCUAGGAGUACAUCUUAUGGGAUUCGGUUUUCGAAAUACAGUACUGCAAGUAUUAUGUGCUUUUCAAAAGGAUUGUCUCAUGUUGAUUUAUGGGAAGGGAAAGAACAUAAGGGUUGCUAUGUUAUUGAGAUCUUGAAUUUCAUAGCUUUUGGUUCAGGUUAUAUUGGUCUGGUCGGAAUCUGGUCUUGGUCAUGUGAGUUGGCUUUGGUUGCUAGGCAUAGCAAAGUAUUAAUAAUUUUCAUUUCAGCAAUGCUAACAUGGCUGCAGGGGUGGACACAAGUUAGUUCGGCAGACUGAGCUUGGUCCCUGUUUUGCUGGAGUUUUGAUAGGAGCUUGUAAGAGGAUGUGACUGGUUCAAUUUUACUGUUGGUACCAGUUCUCAGUUUCAGAUUUUUUGGCUGGACUUUGUAGUCUAUUGUAGUAUGUAUAUGUUCGAUGUUAAAUGUCAAUGUCUUUGAUUGGGAUGAGUUUUGGACUUGUGAAUUCCUCAUCAGAAGUGUCAUGAUGUCAUGAUUGUCAUCAAACCACAAUGUGUUAUGCUUUCUCAAUUUCAAAUUGACAAUUCCAAAUUGAGGAAAGCCAAGUUAAGUAAAAAUUAUAUAAAUAAAAA